AUGAAUCACCUCAAGCUGGUUGUGGUCGGUCCAAACGAGUGUGGCAAAUCAUAUAUCUGCAAUUAUCUUUCAGAAACUGUAGAUCAGGUUACUGGUGGAUAUCAUCCAACCAGUGGUGUCAGAAUAUUAGAAUAUGAACAAAAAGUCAAGAUAAAAGGAAAAACCAGUAAAGUUGAAGUUGAGCUAUGGGAUGCCAGUGGAGAUAAAAAGUAUGAAACUUGCUGGCCGGCUAUUUUCAAAGGGUGUCAUGGAGUUGUUUUUGUAUAUAACCCUGAUAAUCUUAAUCACGUAAACGAUCUACAAAAUUGGUAUCGAGCAGUGCCGCCUAGUUUGGGCCUGAGCGAACAGCAGAUGUGCAUCAUUUGUCACAAAAAACCAGACACAUCAAUUCGUGACCCGGUUUCUCUACCAGAUGACCUGCAUAAAAUACUCCACUUUUUUUCUAACAUACCAAAAGAUGGGGAACGACUCAGAGAACAGUUUGGAAAAUUUGUAUCACAUUUAGCAUGGGGCAGGGUGGAGGCGAGUGAACAAGAAGAGCUUCAAAUAAUGAAUAGUUAGAGAUAUAUGAUUAGUUUUUCUAAUUCUGCCUCAUGAUCAUUCUUAUUUUGUUAAUAAUACGAAAAUAAUGCGUACAAUAUAUUUGUCGGUCGUUGUAGAUUGCAUUUUUUCCCUAAUAAAUCUGAGUAUAUACGGA